GGAAUGGGACCGCGAUCGAGUCGUCCGGAUACGGAUACGGUAAAAGUUGUAUUCUUCGUCCGUCCUCCGGUCCUCAAUCUUUCAUGGUUACUGGUUAGCAAACGAAACAGCAAUCGCCAUGUGAUGUAGCUCCACUGCCACAGCUGUUCAGUUCAGCUCCUACACUUACAGGCUAGAAGAGGAAGAGGAUUUUGAAGUCUGCAGCCAAUGGCGCCCCGUCCUCCUUCCGCUGCUUAAUCGAAAUCUCUUGCCUUGGCCAUUCCCCUUCCUGCUCUGGUUCAUCCUCACUACCCAUUGAAUGGGUGGAACAUCCCAAUUGCUGCAGAACUUCCUCAAAAAUGGACGCGGGCCAGCUUCUCUUUGUGUUGAAGACGCGUUGCUUUUAUUCGAUGAGAUGGUUCGGUUGCGACCCUUCCCACCGGUUUGGGCUUUUGAUAAACUUUUGGCUUCUCUUGGGAAAGCGAAGCUUUAUACAACAGCUAUUUCCCUGUAUAGAAAGAUGGGUUCUUUACCAAUCCGUCCCACUCUCUAUACUCUGAACAUGGUAAUGAAUUUCUUCUGCCACUCGAAUCGAGCCGAUUUGGGCUUCUCUCUAUUUGGAAUCAUCCUGAAACGAGGCUAUGAACCAGAUGUUGUGACUUUUACUACCAUGAUUAGGGGACUCUGUGCUGGAAAUGAGAUCGCCCAGGCGAUGGAGUUGUUCUACAAGAUUAUAGACAAUGGCAGCUACAUGUACGGCGUGGUCACUUAUGGAACUAUCAUUAAUGGGCUUUGCAAGACUCGAAACACCUGCAGGGCUCUUAGAAUCCUCAGAGAGAUGGAGAAAAAAGGUCAGUGUAAACCUGACUUACCAAUGUAUAGCACAAUCAUUGAUGGAUUGUGCAAAUUAAGGAGGGACUGGUAAACGACGCCCUGAACCUCU